AUGUCAAAAACCAAACAUUCUAUACCGCGUUACAAUGGUUCUACCGUCUCCAUAAAUGGCACUGGCUCAGCUGCCAAAUUAAUACUAGUAAUUUCAAACUUAUUCAAGCUAGUCCACUCGCUUCCUAUCCAUGCUACUGGCAGUAGCACUGGUGUCGAGGCCAGCAAAGAGACCGAGUUGACACCAAACGAGUAUUGGACAAACUUAUUCAUCUCCAUGAUGUUGGUUCUUUUGGGCGGUGUCUUUGCCGGCUUAACUUUGGGUCUCAUGGGCCAAGACGAAGUUUACUUGAAAGUCAUUUCCACUAGCGGUGACAAGAAUGAACGAAAAUACGCACAAAAAGUUUUGCGUUUGAUUGGAAGAGGUAAGCAUUGGGUCUUGGUGACUCUAUUGCUCUCUAACGUCAUCACUAACGAAACCUUGCCCAUCGUCUUGGACCGUUGUCUUGGUGGCGGAUGGCCCGCAGUUGUCACAUCCACAGUCUCUAUUGUCAUUUUUGGCGAAAUUAUCCCACAAUCCAUCUGUGUUAGGUAUGGCUUACAGGUUGGUGCAUUAUUUGCACCAUUUGUCUUGAUGUUGAUGUACAUCAUGUAUCCCGUCGCAUACCCUUGUGCCUUAUUAUUGGACCACAUCCUUGGUGAAGACCACGGUACCGUUUACAAGAAAUCAGGCUUAAAAACAUUGGUGACUUUGCACAAGACUAUGGGUGUGGAAAGAUUGAACCAGGACGAAGUCACCAUCAUCAGCGCUGUGUUGGACUUGAAGGAGAAAUCAGUUAGCACUAUUAUGACACCCAUGGAUAGAGUAUACACCAUGAGUGCAGACACGCUAUUGGAUGAGAAAACGGUUGAAGAGAUUUUCAAUGCCGGAUUCUCUCGUAUUCCAAUCCACUUACCCAAUGAGCCAAACAACUUUAUUGGUAUGCUAUUGGUGAGAGUCUUGAUCAGUUACGACCCUGAGGAUGCUUUACCUGUUGCAUCGUUUCCCUUGGCCACUCUACCAGAAACAGGUGUUGAUACCUCGUGCUUAAACAUUUUGAACUACUUUCAAGAAGGCAAGUCACACAUGAUCAUUGUUAGCGAAACACCAGGUGAAGCAACUGGAGCUUUGGGCGUAUUGACAUUGGAGGAUGUCAUUGAAGAAUUGAUUGGUGAAGAGAUUGUUGACGAGUCCGACGUUUACGUUGACAUCAACAAGAAUAUCAAGAGAAAACACCCUGGCCCAUUGUCAAAGAGGAAUUUGACCUCGUAUUUGCACAACUUGUAUCAAAGAGGCGGCAGUGCCGCUGCUUCUAAAAGAAAUUCUCUUGAGUCGAGCGAACGUCCUGAUUUGAAAGAAAGGUUAUCUGGAACUGGCUCUUCAGAAGCAAAACUGAUAUCGUAUACACCUAAUCAUCGAAAUCACAAGAAUGAAAAUGGGGAACUAUCAGCAAGUCAAAAAGGCAAUUCGUUAACUGGUAACAAUGGCACUGGUGCAAGCGCGAACAGUGCUGUCGCUACAGCAGCAGCAGCAGCAGCAGCAGGUGGUGGUGGUUCCAAAUUCAAAAUCAAAAACCCAGCAUUGAACCCAUUGGAGACUUCGAAAUCUUUUGUCCACAUCAAGAGGCCUGACCAAGGUACAAUCCACUCUGUUGCAAAAGCUGCUUCUCCGGCUCCUAUACACCCGGAGACUACAGGUGAACAUUUGAGUCCACACAAAACGGGCGAAUUGUACCCAACUGAACAUGGCGCAAUUAAUGAAGCCAAGAGACGUUCGGUAGAAUUGAACUCACCAACACCUAAAAUGCUAGACCUUUCUAAAGAUGGUGCAAAAGGGUUAAAAGAGGAGGAAGGUAAACAAGGUGGAAAGGAUGAACAGGAAGAAGUUGAUGUCACUGACCACCACCGUCACGACCAUCAUGAUGAUGGACAUAUAGAUAUACCAGUUGGUAACAGAAGUUUUAAUAAUGGAGGAAACGGUUUUCUUGAUUUGGAAAGGCAAGAAUCUAGAUCUUAUAGAACAGGUGGAAUCAUUGAGUCCGUUGUCAAUGUUGACGGUGUGCACAAGACGAUUAUUGAAAAUGUUUCUGAUGGUGAUUUAGAGUUGGAAAAUGGUGAGGACGAUUUGGUGAUUGAUGAUGCAAUGCUGAAUAGAGAGCAAAACAAGAGAAACAAGAAAAAGAAGAGCUCAUCAACUGGAGGAAGAAAAAGAAAGUCUAGACAAGGCUCGACUUCAUCGAGAUCAAAUUCUUUUAGUAUGAAUAAAUUUAGUGAUGAGGACGAAGAAGAACACCAGUCAUUGCUUAAUGGACACAGUAAUGGCGAUGUUGGUAGUCUACACUCAUCAGUUAGUUCUUCGAUAACCGGUAAUGGUGCUGGAAGAAGAUAA